AUGGCUGUCACUAAUAAACCACAGAAGGCCUCAUCGUCGCAAUCAGGGUGUAUCAAGAUACGCCAUUCCACAACGCUGUGGAAGGUCAAGUGCCUAGUGUCGCUACUGACCGGGAUAAUUCUCGGACUCAUCCCAGUUCGAGGGAUAGUUGGAUUCAUCAGUUUCCUAGUUGUUCAAUCGUUAGCCGGGCAAUUGUACCUGGCGUUUAUGAAAUUGCCAGAUUAUGUGCUUGACCAAAUGGAAGCACUAACAGCACACAUUCUGACAUCGUUCUGUUGUUUUCUGGUGAGCUGGGUUUUGACUUACAGCAUGUACAAUUUCUAA